AGGCAGGGCAACAGAGGAAUAAAGAUGAGGGUAGAAACAGGUGUAGCACACCUGUUGGCAAUCAUGCCAAUUGGAGCAUGCCCAUAUAUUUGCAUAUGCAGAUGAUCAUAACUCCAAUGUCUCACUGCCUCCCCUGUGCCAAGUGAAACUCCUUUCAAGUCUCAUCUCUUCUGUUCUCUCCACACGAGCCAUAUUACUUUCUCUCUCUACACCCCGUUCGGAAAGAUGCAGUACAGGAACCUUGGAAGAUCGGGGUUGAAGGUGAGCCAGCUGUCUUACGGCGCCUGGGUGAGUUUCGGCAACCAGCUCGACGUCAAGGAAGCCAAGUCGCUGCUACAAUGCUGCCGCGACAACGGUGUCAACUUCUUCGACAACGCCGAGGUCUAUGCCAACGGCCGAGCCGAGGAGAUCAUGGGCCAAGCCAUUCGGGAGCUGGGUUGGAAGCGAUCCGACGUGGUUGUUUCCACCAAGAUCUUCUGGGGCGGCUCCGGCCCCAACGAUAAGGGGUUAUCGCGGAAGCACAUUAUUGAGGGAACCAAGGCCUCGCUCAAGAGGCUGGAUAUGGAGUAUGUGGAUGUUAUUUAUUGUCAUCGGCCCGAUUCAUCCACGCCCAUUGAGGAGACUGUCAGGGCCAUGAACUAUGUGAUAGAUCACGGGUGGGCGUUUUAUUGGGGGACCAGUGAGUGGUCUGCCCAGCAGAUCACGGAGGCCUGGGGGGUGGCGGAGCGCUUGGAUCUGGUCGGGCCGAUUGUGGAACAGCCUGAGUAUAAUUUGCUAUCUAGGCACAAGGUCGAGUGUGAGUACCUUCCUCUAUACAGCAACUAUGGCAUAGGUCUUACCACAUGGAGUCCACUUGCAUCAGGAGUGCUUACUGGAAAAUACAACAAGGGAACAAUACCCCAGGAUAGUCGAUUUGCCCUGGAGAAUUACAAAAAUCUUGCUAGCCGAUCCCUUGUCGAUGAUGUGCUGAGAAAAGUAAAUGGACUGAAGCCAAUUGCAGACGAACUAGGUGUACCUUUGUCUCAACUUGCAAUUGCUUGGUGUGCUGCAAAUCCGAAUGUCUCAUCAGUUAUUACUGGGGCGACAAAGGAGUCUCAGAUUCAAGAGAAUAUGAAGGCUAUUGAUGUCAUACCUCUGCUGACACCUACUGUGCUGGAGAAGAUUGAGGCCGUUGUUCAAAGCAAGCCAAAGCGACCUGAUUCAUAUAGGUGAACAGUAUAUCCAUUCAACCCUUUUGAGUGUUGUGGAUAUUACUUGGAACAUUCCAUUUUCCAACCUACCAGAAUGCUAGCUACCAAUUGGCGUGAAGGACAUUUCAUGUUUCUCUUGUUUGGAUGUGUUUUCUUCACUGAAAUUCUCAAGCAUAGUUUUCUCUUCCUAUUUAUUUUUUCUUUUUCUUGUGGGUGGGGUGUAAAAGGGUAUUAUUUGAACUAUUAAAUCAAUUGGAGAUUGGAACCUGGGAUUCAUUUUAAGAGACCAUACUUUUAUAGUCAAUUAUUCGGUUUUGGUUUGAUAAAAAAACAGGUGCAAGUUCUGUUGUUUGAGGUUUUAGGAGUGGAAGUUCCCUCCGUUACUCAGGUUUGUUCUGGCAUAUUUCUGAGUCGAAAUGGAGAAGGCUCACUGGUCAGCAUCUUUGUCAUUGUUGGUUUUGGGCUAUGCCAAAGCCUUUUGGCGAUCUGGGGAGAAUCAUUCUCUGGUAUUUGGAAUAGGAGGAUCUUGUAAUAAUCCCUCAGAUGAUCAUUACUGGUUAUUGGGUUGUAAUAGGCAAAGAAGCUGACCCUCUAAUAACUGUUAAAUAAUUAGCUAAUGUUCUCAACAAAAUGAAGGUGCUGCAUGCACAAGGUGUUCUAUAA